GACCCGCCCCGACCGGAAGAAGCGCCGGCCCGGCGCUUAAAGGGUCGGGAAUGGGGGUGCCGCCACCGCCUAGUCAGCUCUUCCUUCGCUGAAGACCAGCCGCCGCCGCGCUGUUGUCGCGGCGCCCCCGCCCCGUCCUCCGCCCUCCCGCACCGCCCCCCGGAGCCGGCUGGCUGGGCCGGGAGCCGGGACGGAGUUCUCGCCAUGCCCGCCCGGCGGCGGCCGCUGCUGCUGCUGCUGUUGGCGCUGCUGCUGCCCGGCUCCUGGAUUUUUGGAAGUCCCAGCACAGUGACGCUUCCUGAAACCUUGUUGUUUGUGUCAACCCUGGAUGGAAGUUUGCACGCUGUCAGCAAGAGGACAGGCUCGAUCAAAUGGACUUUAAAAGAAGAUCCAGUUCUGCAGGUUCCAACACACGUCGAAGAGCCAGCCUUCCUCCCGGAUCCCAACGACGGCAGCCUGUAUACACUUGGGGGCAAGCAUAAUGAAGGCCUAACGAAACUUCCCUUUACCAUCCCGGAGUUGGUACAGGCAUCGCCAUGCCGAAGUUCAGAUGGGAUUCUCUACAUGGGUAAAAAGCAGGACAUUUGGUAUGUCAUUGACCUUCUGACCGGGGAGAAACAGCAGACUUUGUCAUCGACCUUUGCAGAUAGCCUCUGCCCUUCGACCUCUCUUCUGUACCUUGGGCGCACAGAAUACACCAUCACCAUGUACGACACCAAAACCCGAGAGCUCCGGUGGAACGCCACCUACUUCGACUACGCGGCCUCGCUGCCCGAGGACGACGUGGACUACAAGAUGUCCCAUUUUGUGUCCAAUGGCGAUGGGCUGGUGGUGACGGUGGACAGUGAAUCUGGCGACGUCCUUUGGAUCCAAAACUAUGGUUCCCCUGUGGUGGCCUUUUACGUCUGGCAGCGGGAGGGGCUGCGGAAGGUGAUGCACAUCAACGUCGCUGUGGAGACCCUGCGCUACCUGACCUUCAUGUCCGGGGAGGUGGGGCGCAUCACCAAGUGGAAGUACCCCUUCCCCAAGGAGACGGAGGCCAAGAGCAAGCUGACGCCCACCCUGUAUGUUGGGAAAUACUCUACUAGCCUCUACGCCUCCCCCUCAAUGGUCCACGAGGGGGUUGCUGUUGUGCCCCGAGGCAGCACCCUUCCCUUGCUGGAAGGCCCCCAGACUGACGGGGUCACCAUUGGGGACAAAGGGGAGUGUGUGAUCACACCCAGCACGGACCUAAAGUUGAACCCUGGGCUCAAAGGGAAGAACAAGCUCAACUACUUGAGGAACUACUGGCUUCUGAUCGGGCACCAUGAAACGCCGCUGUCUGCGUCUACCAAGAUGCUGGAGAGAUUCCCCUACAAUCUGCCCAAACACCGGGAAAAUGUGAUUCCUGCCGACUCCGAGAAAAAGAGCUUUGAGGACGUUAUCCACCUGGUUGACCAGACUUCAGACCAUGCGCCCAGCACCGUUUCUCCGGAUGUGGAGGAGAAGUUCGCUCACGCCCCCGCCAAGCCCGAGGCCCCCGUGGACUCUGUGCUCAAGGACAUCGCCACCAUCAUCCUGAGCACCUUCCUGCUCAUCGGCUGGGUGGCCUUCAUCAUCACCUACCCCCUGAGCAUGCAUCAGCAGCAGCAGCUCCAGCACCGGCAGUUCCAGAAGGAACUGGAGAAAAUCCAGCUCCUGCAACAGCAGCAGCUGCCCUUCCAUGCACCCGGGGACGUGGCUCAGGACGCCGAGCUCCUGGACUCGUCCGGCCUGUACUCAGAGAGCUCGGGCACCAGCAGCCCCAGCACGUCCCCCCGAGCCUCCAACCACUCGCUGCACUCCAGCGGCUCUGCCUCCAGGGCCGGCACCGGCCCCUGCCUGGAGCAGGACGACGAGGAUGAGGAAACCAGCAUGGUGAUGGUUGGGAAAAUUUCUUUCUGUCCCAAGGACGUCCUGGGCCACGGAGCGGAGGGCACAAUUGUGUACCGGGGCAUGUUUGACAGCCGCGACGUGGCGGUCAAGAGGAUCCUCCCCGAGUGCUUCAGUUUCGCCGACCGCGAGGUCCAGCUGCUGCGAGAGUCUGACGAGCACCCGAACGUGAUCCGUUACUUCUGCACGGAGAAGGACCGGCAGUUCCAGUACAUCGCCAUCGAGCUGUGCGCGGCCACGCUGCAGGAGUACGUGGAGCAGAAGGACUUCGCCCACCUCGGCCUGGAGCCCAUCACCUUGCUGCAGCAGACCACCUCCGGCCUGGCCCACCUGCACUCCCUCAACAUCGUUCACAGAGACCUGAAGCCCCACAACAUCCUCCUCUCCAUGCCCAAUGCGCAUGGCAGGAUCAAGGCCAUGAUCUCCGACUUCGGCCUCUGCAAGAAGCUGGCAGUGGGCAGGCACAGCUUCAGCCGCCGCUCGGGGGUGCCCGGCACCGAAGGCUGGAUCGCCCCGGAGAUGCUGAGUGAGGACUGCAAGGAGAACCCCACCUACACGGUGGACAUCUUCUCUGCGGGCUGCGUGUUUUACUACGUGGUUUCUGAGGGCAGCCACCCUUUCGGCAAGUCCCUACAGCGACAGGCCAACAUCCUCCUGGGCGCCUACAGCCUCGACUGCUUACAGCCCGAGAAGCACGAGGACGUCGUCGCCCGGGAGCUGAUAGAGAAGAUGAUCUCCAUGGACCCCCAGAAGCGCCCGUCAGCGAAGCACGUGCUGAAGCACCCGUUCUUCUGGAGCCUCGAGAAGCAGCUCCAGUUCUUCCAGGACGUGAGUGACCGGAUAGAAAAGGAGUCACUGGACGGCCCGAUCGUGAAGCAGCUGGAGAGAGGCGGGCGAGCCGUGGUGAAGAUGGACUGGAGGGAGAACAUCACCGUCCCCCUCCAGACAGAUCUGCGUAAAUUCAGAACCUACAAAGGUGGCUCCGUCAGAGAUCUCCUCCGAGCCAUGAGGAACAAGAAGCACCACUACCGGGAGCUCCCCGUGGAGGUGCGGGAGACCCUGGGCUCCAUCCCCGACGACUUCGUGCGCUACUUCACGUCGCGCUUCCCCCACCUCCUCUCACACACCUACCGGGCCAUGGAGCUGUGCAGCCACGAGAGGCUCUUCCAGCCCUACUACUUCCACCCACCCCCCAAGCCUCAGUCCCCCGUGACUCCAGACGCCCCUGAGCCAGGCCGGACUCCGUCUUGUGGCCCCAGCUGUGACUGAGCGCUGCAUGUCUGCAAUCCAGGGCCUGAGGCCACGCUUAGCAAGAAGACCAGGCUCCCAAACCAGUGCCUUGAGCUGCCUGCUCUGCAGCUGGCAGAGGAGGGUCUGACCCCUAGACGGGGAGAGGUGACCCCUCCUGACCUGCAGGAAGCUGGGAAGACAGGGUGAAAGCUUCACCUCCAGGGAACAGCUGCAGGAAAGGCCGUCCCCGGCAGCAGCAGAGCGCCUCCACCUCUUCCUGCAUAGACUGGCUUCAGACAUGUUUCCUUUUAAGCUUCCUGUUCGAUGUCAGCCUGAGGCCUUGAAGGAAGCGGGAGGAAGAAAUGCUAAGCUCUGCCUGUGUGCGGGGCCCCGGAGCAGCUCUCCCCGACGGCAGGCUGAGGGGCACCGACGGAGGGACGGAGGUCACUGGUCAUCGAGCACAGUGCGCCCAAGCAUCCCAGGUCACUGGACCCAGUGCUUCCUCGGGGCAGUGGGUGUGGUGUUGGGACAGGUCAGCGCACGCUGGAAAGGGAGGCCACGGCCGCCGGUGUCGGAAAUGGAGAGGACGCUCGGUUCCCAGGCCCCAUGACUGCGGCCCCAUGACUAGUGGCCUCCAUGGUGGCUUGUGGCCUGGACCAUUUAGGGAUGCUUAGGAGCGUUUGGGGGCAAGAAGUGAUACUUCCCUGGCCAUCAAGGACCCAGGCACGGACAGGCCUUCGGGACCGGAGGGUCACAGGCCUACCUGGCCAGUGUGGCCACCCCAGGAGAGCCCUGGGCCAGAGGGCAGGCGAUGAGGCCUCUCUGUCCCUGGAGCCAGCGGGAUGGCCAGGGGCUUGGUGCCAAGGCCAGGCUCCCCGCGUACCGCGUGGGCAGGAUUUUCUGUUUCUCUUGGCAGAUUUUAAUAACUUUAUAGUUUGAUCACACUGUAGAACGCUACAUUAGCACAAGUGAGCUAAGCGUCACGUGAAGCUUGCUCAUGAAGAAGAAAUGCAAUACAUCUGUUCUGUGUGGUACCCCUCCCCACCCCCCCACCCCCCCGCCGCCAGGAAGAGUGUUCGUAUUCAGAACAUUUCCAGCGCUGGCGAAGAGCAAGCAUCACAGCGUCACUAUACACACACGUCAUCCUCAAAGUGAUGCCAUGUUAUUUCUCCCCCUCAAUUUAAUGUCAUUUUUAAUUUUCGUUUUAAUCAAUUCCUGUCUUUUCUCCACCGAGAGCCUUAGUGGUUGCGUGCAAUGAGGGUGCCACGUGAGGAAGCGUUUCCUGUGCACGUGCUCCGGCCGGGGAGCGUUCAUGCGGUUCCGUCCUGGUGAACUCGGAGACUCCGCUGGGAGUGCGCGUGUUGCCGUGGCGUUCACUGACUGACGGGAAAUCACUGUUUCUUACUGUGCGACGUCUUCGUAGUGUCGUGUGCGAAGGCCACGCAGCAAAGGCUCUGGCUCUGCCUUUGCAGACUUCCAUUCCCUUUCAUGAUGCCUGCGAUCACUUGUUCUCCUAAAUAGUACCCCGCAUCUGUGAAGCUCACCAGUUACCUCAUUCCGACCUGGGAACCCUGGCGUCCUUGGUUUUUCAGGAGUACAGCCCAACGGGUUCUGCUCCCCACACUCACUGGCCUGUGCCAGCUCCGUUCCGCGGGUCACUGUGCCACCAGCUCGAGGGCCAGGCAGAGAAGGUGCCACGAGUGACCUCCCGGCUGCCAGCACCCUGCUGCCGGGUGCCGCUGUCCCCCACUGCUGAGCGUUCUCUUUGCGGAGUAGCCAGGUCGUUUCUAGCCGCCCAAUACUUGUCAUGUCUCUGUUUUGGCUCAACUUGCCUGCAGGACAACUUCUUCUUAAAAUGCCUUUUCUGCUGAUCAUAUUUGUUUCUAACCACCCAACUCAGACUCAGUGAUACGCCGUUAGCUGGGACACUGGCGCUGGGGACAGAGAGAGGGACAAGAUAGCCAGAACCCGUGCUCUCAGGAGCCUGUGGUGAGAGACAACGACCAGUUAACAUCAGGGCAUGAAGGAGCCCAGGGGUGGGGAAGGGCGUGUAUUUGGGGUUUGCGCCUUUUCAGUCUUAAAGCGCCCGUGUCCCGGACCCCUCGGAACUGGUCAGAUUGCUCUCUGUCCAUCUUCUCUUCAUCACCUUCGGGAUCCAGGCCUCCAGGGGCCUGCAGAGGUCCUGCAUGGACGCUUGCCAUGAAAACAUCCUAUGGCAGAUCCUGUCUCAGCCUCUAGAAUCUGCUGUGCUGCUGAGCUCUGGGACCUGGAGUACGAGUCCUAGAAGGCUGUUGGACUUUUUAGAAGUAUUCGGUUUUAUUUUUACGACACUUUUCUCUGAUUGCUUCUUGAGCUUUUUAACUUCAUUUUAAAAGACUCCGCAUGUCACUAGGCAUCCGAGCAUUGGCACUUUGGGGACCCACUGGUGUUACUUGAUAAGUCACUAAACCAUCCAGGCGCCAAAGUACAAAAUCCUGGGUGCAAAGGUGUCUCCCCUCCCCCGUCUCAGUGCAAUAGUCGUCAUAGGCUCUUUGCAGCGAGACGUCGCUCCGACCCACUGCAUGUAUUGGAUUGGAAGAGCUGCAGGCCAGUGGGUCCAGCAAAGUAUUUUCUUCCCAUCAAGAAAGGUCCUAUCAGCAUUUACCCUGAUCCUCCCACUAAGGCUUUGUGUGGACGUGACUCGUUUAUCUGUGUGAUUCCGUCUCAUGGCAGUAGAUGAUGACUUGGUUGCCGAUCUGACCUCUCGCUGAUGUGGGUGGGGGCCUUUGGGUCGCCGUGCUUUCUCCUCUUGGCCGCUGUCGUUUCAGAAGUUGGACUCGGGCCAGCCUCCCAAUACGUUGGGUUUCCCAAGACUGCUCCCGUUCUCCAUCUGCUCACUGGCUGGUUCCUGCGGAAGAUGGGCUGGGCCCUCCAUGCAGGAAGAGCAAGCCCAGCACCCUGUAGAGAGCCCCUUUCCAUCCUCUUUACUUCCAUUCAGUUUCUGAAAUCCCUUUCCUUCCUCCCUCCCGGCGUGCCUUUGCCCUGGCCAUCCCUGCGCCGUCCUGGAGUUGUUCAGAUGUGUGUGCCUGGCAGCAGCCUUUCCGAGGAAGUCACUGUGUGUGCCAUCCAGAUAAGCCAGAUUUCCUCCUCCCAGGGAAACCAAAGCAUCUACCCUCUCCUGUACUUCCUUUACGAAACAGUGAUUUCCCAUGCGUGACUCCGGUUCUGACCGUAGCAGCACUUAAAUCUCCUGUGCUCAUUGGAGAACCACAGAACCGUCCGCAGUGAGCCUCCCUCCGGGGCAGCCUUAACCCACAACCCCGGCCAACGUCCCCACGCCCGCCUCCCGAGCUCUCCGCGCGCUUGGUGGGUGCAGUAUUCCUUUUCGGUAUCCCAAAAGCUGUGACGGGGGUGUCCCCAUUACCUGGAAAGCAUUACCAGUCAACUCGGCCACAUUCUCAGAUGCAAACCUUAUGUAGUGUUCUUUUUGCAAUGACCUAUUUAUUUAACCUAUUUAUAUUUAUUUAAUUUUUACUCUGAAGUAUACCCCAGUUACAAUUGCACUUGCUUAAAGCAUAGACGAUUUGUUUUGGACAACACCCCUGACCAUUUUAAAACUGGAAAAGGAAAAGUUAUACUGUAUCCUUCCACGGGAUGGAUGCCUUACAGUAGCUUUGAUAGCAAAGGGUGAAUAAUUUGGUCGUGGUAAAAAUGUUAAUUUUUAAGUGAUUUUAAAAAUAAUUCUGUGCCAUCGUGUCUUCUCUGUGGAUGGUUAGUUGUUAAAUGUGUGUUAAUUAUGUGAAACAAUCCUCUUUGUGGAGCCUAAAAUCCUCCUUUUUAGCUUUAUAUUUUAUAAACUGCCAGAUUGUACAAUUUUUAUGUGUAUUUUUAAAGCUAGAUGAUGUGAGGGUAAUUAUAUAAGUUAAAUGGCCUAUUUUUGUACCUCCUGUACAGUUUUAUAAUUCUGCUGAUUGAUGAUGGCGUCUUACGUUGAGCCAACCACAAAUAAAGGUAGUUUUGGAUUUGGAA